AUCUUCAUCUCUACCUCACACAAAAUCACCAUUUUCACAUCAUUCUCAGCUUUUCCCACUCUUACAAAAAAUCCUUAAAAAAUGGCAAGAACCAAACAAACAGCACGUAAAUCCACUGGAGGAAAGGCACCAAGGAAGCAACUAGCAACAAAAGCUGCCAGAAAAUCAGCUCCGGCAACCGGAGGAGUGAAGAAGCCCCACCGUUUCCGUCCAGGUACGGUGGCGCUUCGAGAGAUCCGUAAGUAUCAGAAGAGCACUGAACUUCUGAUCCGAAAACUCCCAUUUCAGAGACUGGUAAGAGAAAUAGCACAAGAUUUUAAGACUGAUUUGAGGUUCCAGAGCAGUGCUGUGGCGGCGCUUCAGGAAGCGGCGGAGGCGUACUUGGUGGGUUUAUUUGAGGAUACAAACUUGUGUGCUAUCCAUGCAAAGAGGGUUACUAUUAUGCCUAAGGAUAUUCAGUUGGCUAGGCGGAUUAGGGGUGAAAGGGCUUAGUCGCUGUUUUCUUUGGGAUUUUGGUUCGUGUUUUAAAGUCUCUCUUAUGGUGGAGUUAAUGUGUAUUUUAGACUUGGGAUCUGGGGUUUUAAGUUUUUUCCUUUUGUUUUAAUGUAACGAAAGAUCUGGAAAUGAAAAUCAAUGUUCGUAAACUUUGGUCCAUA